GCGCGAGCAAAGGGAGGGGCAGCAGCAGUUGAGAAGAGUCACGUGACUCCCUUUCGGCUGGCGCUGCUGCUGGCUUCCUUCGCUCAUGUCUGCGAAGUGACGCCCGUCAGAGCCCCAGAUGGGUCCCCUCCAUGGAGCUCCUCGGCUGCGGCCUCCCCUCCUCCGCCUCCUCUUCUUCCUUCUCCUCCAGUUCCCCCAGAAAGGAGCAGCGGCGGCGGCGGCGGCCCAGGACACCUUCCGUUACCAGAACCUGUGCAAUUACACGUGGGAAGCUGUUGAUCCUGAUAAAGUACAUUAUAAAAUAAACCUUUGUGGUAAAGCCCCAGAAUGCGGAGGAUCCAGUACUAUUUGUGCAUAUGACUUAAAAAGCAAAACCUAUUUCUCAGUAGGUGACUCGUCAAUGAUGAGAAGUUCUAAAUACCUGUUGGAGUUCAACACUACAAACUCUUGUUCACAAGGCUCUCAGCGUGUGUUCCGAAGCAACAUCAAUUUCUAUUGUGGGAAGACUCUAGGUUCUCCAGAAUUUGUGACAUCGAGUGAGUGUGUGCACUACUUUGAGUGGAAGACAUUUUUUGCUUGCAAGAAAGACUUGUUCAUACCCACAAAAGAGGUGCCUUGCUAUGUAUUUGAUGAAGCUUUGAAGAAACGUGAUUUGAAUCCCUUGAUUAAGACUUCAGGAGGUUACUUAGUAGAGGACUCUGAUGAAGAAUUGGAGCUGUACAUCAACAUCUGUAGAAACAUAGGGAGAUCAUCAGGGGAAACCAGGAGUUGUCCAGAGCAGAGUGCAGCUUGCCUCUUGAAGGGCAGUCAUGUGUUUGAUCUGGGACAACCUAAAGAACAACUCAAACAGCUUGACAAAGACAGGCUUUCUCUGAGGUAUGAGAGAAGGUAUAGCAGUGUGGAGGAGAGACCAGACUUCUGCAGUGGCCAUGAUCCUGCAGUGACAGUUACUUUUGUGUGUCCAGAAGGGAGGAGAAGAGAGGAUACAAGUCCCAAACUCACUGCUCAGAGCAACUGCCGGUAUGAGAUUGAAUGGGUUACAGAGUCAGCCUGUGUCAGGGACUACCUGGAGAGUAACAGCUGUGUUCUAACUAAUGAACAGCAUGGCAUCUACGUGAACUUGACGCCGCUUAAGCAAAGUUCAGGUUACGUGUCACCUUAUGUUGCUAAAGAGAGAGAGGAGUAUUUUUAUUACCUGAAUGUAUGUGGGAAAACAACAGGGGGUUCCUGCGAAGAUGCAUAUGUUUCAUCAUGCCAAGUCAAACCUCAAAAUGAUCAGCAUAAAGUGGCAGGAAGAUUUACCAAUCAAACCCUCAGGUAUGCUGAUGGGGACCUCAUUCUAACGUAUCCAGGAGGAGAUGCUUGCAGUUCUGGUUUCCAGCGAAUGACUGUCAUAAACUUUGAGUGCAAUCAAACAGCAGAUGAUGAUGGCAAGGGAUACCCAGAGUUCACAGAUGAAACAGACUGCACAUAUUUCUUUAGCUGGCAAACAAAAUACGCAUGUGUUGGAGAAAAGGAAGAUCUCCCUUGCAUGGUUGCUGACAAGAAAAAACGCUAUGAUUUGGCACGGCUGAUUCGUCGUUCUGAAUCAGAGCAGAACUGGGAGGCUGUAGAUGGUAACCCUAUAGAAGCAGAAAAGAAACAUUUUUUUAUAAAUGUCUGUCACAAAGUACUUCAGAAAGGAGAAGCAGUGAACUGUGCGCAAGAAGCAUCUGUUUGCUCAGUUGAUAAAAACAAUAAUGCAAAAAAUCUUGGGUCCUUUAUGUCUCCUCCCACAAAAGUUGGGGAGAAGAUCCAGCUUCUCUAUUCAGAUGGCGAUGAGUGCAGACAAAACAAGAGGAUUGAAACAAAGAUACUGCUUGUAUGCAAGCCAGGUGACCUGGAAAGUGCUCCUGUUUUGAUUAACUCAGCAUAUGAUGGGUGCUUUUAUGAGUUUGAAUGGCAUACUGCUGCUGCCUGUGUCCUUUCUAAAACAAAAGGAGACAACUGUAGAGUUUCUGACUCUCAAGCAGGUUAUUCUUUUGACUUAUCACCACUAAUGAAUAAGACCUAUCCAUUAAGCACAAGUGAAUAUACCUUCUAUGUCAGUAUUUGUGGCAAUGUGUCGAACACAAAGUGUGUGUCAAACUCAGCAGCAUGUCAAGUGGCAAAAAGUGGUAGUGACGCAUGGAGCUUGGGGGCCUCCAGUACUGAGCUCUCCUAUUAUGAUGGAAUGAUUCAGUUGAACUAUCAAAAUGGCACACCCUACAACAAUGCAAAACACACACAGCGGUCUACUCAUAUAACCUUCCUGUGUGAUCGUGAAGCAGGACCAGGUGUACCUGAAUAUCAGGAAGAAGACAAUUUCACCUACAACUUCAAGUGGUACACUCAGUAUGCGUGUCCAGAGAUACCCAUAGAGUGUGUUGUAACAGAUCCUCAAACAAUGGAACAGUAUGAUCUUUCAAGUUUGUCAUUAUCUGGAGACAAAAGUGACAAUUGGUUUGCAAUGGACAAUUCUGAUCAAGAUAAACGCAAAAAAUACUACAUAAACAUCUGUCGGCCUUUGAAGCCUAUUCCAGGCUGUCAGAGACAGGCUUCGGUCUGUGAAGUGACAUACCACGGAGGGGAGAGUAUGGUUUCUUCAGUUUCUAAUAGUAACUUGGGGAUUGCCAGCCAGCGUCCAAUUAUUGAAGGCCAUGGUAGAAUCCUCCUAAAUUAUACUGGUGGCUCUUUAUGCAUCAGACCAGAUGAUGAUAAGAGUGAGCCUUUCUCUAGCCUCAUCCAUCUCUCCUGCUCUAAGGGCACUCUUAGUAGCCACCCAAGAUUCAUAGAGGUAAAAGAUUGUGUUGCAACAUUUUUAUGGGAGACUGAAGCUGCUUGUCCAGUGACAACAACAAAGGGUGAAGCAGAGAGCUGCACUGUGAAGGAUCCCAACACUGGAUUUGUGUAUAAUCUGGAGCCAUUGGCUACAGAAAAUGCUUACACAAUUAUAAGGAAGAACCUUAUGAAGAAAAGCUAUAUGAUAAAUAUUUGUGGACCAGCAAAAGGCUGUUUGUCUGAAAAUACACCUGCUGUUGAUUUGGUUGGUGGAUGUGAAACAGUGGGUCUGGAAAACAUUCGCUUGGUGAAGCUGAACAAAACUCUUGAAUUGUCUACAGAAGGAUACCUGUCUCUUACGUACAGAGGAUCCAAUGAUAUUUUCACUGUCACCUUCAUCUGCAAUGAGUCCUAUCCUGGAGAACUCAAAUUUGUGCGUGAAGAUACGAAUUCAGCACUAAAUAAUACUUUCUUUGAGUUUCACACAGCCCUAGCCUGUCCACCUGCACCAGUUGACUGCCAAGUUACUGAUUCUGCUGGCAAUGAAUAUGAUCUGAGUGACUUGAGCAGAGAGAACAAGCCAUGGGUUGCCUUGGAUACAUCUAAAGAUGCAAAAAGAAGAACUUUCUAUCUGAAUGUUUGUAAACCCCUUCCAUACAUUCCAGGGUGCCCAGGUGGUAUAAUAGGCUCUUGUGUGAAAAAAGGUAGUAAAGGUCAGAAUCUUGGUAUGAUUCAGAUAAGUCCUCAGGCUGCCACAGAUGGCUCCCUUAGUAUUGUGUACUUGAGUGGGGACAAAUGCAAAGGUAACCGGCAGUACUCAACACGAAUCAUCUUCCAGUGUGAUCAAGCUACUGGAUCACCUGUGUUUCAACAUGAAGAGGAUUGUGAGUUUGUGUUUCUCUGGAGAACAAUAGCAGCUUGUCCUUUGCACAGGGCUGAAGGUGAGAACUGUCAAGUGAAAGAUCCAAGAUAUGGUUAUAUUUACGACCUGACCUCACUUCGUGGGAAGGAUAUAAAAGUGAGCACUGAUGAAUAUGACUACUACUUCAGAGUGUGUGAUGGACUAAAAACAGGAAUGUGCAAACAGCCAAGCCAAGAUACUGAUGUUGUGUCAUCGUGUCAAAUUAAGAAGCAAACUCCAGGUUUUAAAAAAAUAGCAGGCUUGCAGACCACAAAGCUGACAUAUGAAAAUGGAUUAAUCAAAAUCAACUACACCAGUGGAGACACUUGUCACAAGAUAUAUCAGCGUUCAACAGCCAUAUUUUUUUAUUGUGAUUCCCAUCCAAAUUUGGAGCCAGCAUUCUUAAAGGAAACUGAGGACUGCACCUAUAUGUUUGAAUGGCAUACUCCUUUGGCGUGCCCACCUUUCAGAUCAAUUGACUGCUCCUAUAAAGACAGUGCUGGUAAUUCUUACGAUCUCUCUUCUCUGACACGACAUAAGGAAAACUGGGAAGCCAUUUCAAGGACAGACUCUCCAGUGAAAUAUUACAUCAAUGUCUGUAAAUCUUUAGUGCCACAUCACGGAAUAGGUUCCUGUCCAUCAGAGUCUGCAGCAUGCCUGGCGGAUGGGUCUAAACAUGUAAGCAUGGGUGAAGUAGGCAAUGGACUCCGAUGGGAAAACAACAUCCUUGUACUUACCUAUCUCAAUGGGGAGAAGUGUCCAGACCAGAUCCGGAAGAAGUCUACAAUAAUACGUUUCAAGUGUGAUGAAAACAGAAUUGACUCCAACCCAGAACUUAUAACAGCCCUUGAAGACUGUGAAUAUACUUUCCUGUGGUUCACAUCUGCAGCAUGUCCUCUGAAGAGCAAUGUGCACAAUAAUUGCACAGUAUCCAACCCUCUUACAGGGCAUUUCUUUGAUCUUAAUCCUUUGAAGAGGCAGGAUGGCUACAAAGUAGCUGACCUCAGAACCUCCAGAACACUCCAUUUGAGUGUGUGUGAUGAAGGCAGAAGUCUGUGUGGUAGUGGUAUUGGUAAUGCUUUUGAGGGUCAUGGUCUACAGGUUGGAAAACAACUCAAAUUACAUUCCAAUCAGCAAGACCAGAGAUUGCAGUUACUACUGGAGGACAGUCUGCCCUGCUGAUCCCAACUGAAAUACACUAGCUAUUUCAGCUUUGUGUGCAAGUCCAAUGCUGGUCCAGGAAGCCAGCCUGCCCUUGUCUUCUUUGAUGAAGUGACAUGUCCUAUUUUUCUCGUGGCCACUGCUUUAGCCUGUGAAGAAGAGAGUGCGGUGGAAUGCUCAGUGAGGAAUGGCAAUACAGUAAUUGAUCUAUCUCCUUUGAUACAUCCAACGGGUUCCUAUGAGGCAUAUGACUCAUAUGACUCUUCUGACACGACUCCAGACUUUUAUAUAAACAUUUGCCAGCCUCUGAACCCCAUAAGAGGUGUCAACUGUCCACCUGGAGUAGCUGUCUGCAUGGUCCCAGUUUCAGGUCGUCCAGUAGACAUUGGUCGCAUUACUGGCCCUCCCCUACUGAAUGCUGAAACAAAAGAUGUUUUUAUUAUUUUCAAAAGUACCACUCCUUGUCCAGAAGACAAAAGCCUCAACUAUUCUUCUCGUAUUAUGUUUCAUUGUGACAGAGGGACAAAUCUGGGCAAGCCCAAAAUGAUAGGCCAAUCCAAUUGUGAAUAUAUCUUUGAAUGGAGCACUCCAGUUGUGUGUGUAGAUAAAGUGGAAGUUUCCGGCUGCUCAGUGACUGAUGAGCAGUUGCAGUUUCCUUUCAAUCUGUCAAGCCUUUCUGGAAAAUCUUACAAGGUCCUUUCUGGAAGCAGGACUUACCAUUUAGGGGUGUGUUCUGGCGCAGCAGAUGUACCCCCAGGAAAAUGCAAAGAUGCAGCAGUAUGUUUGGUCUCUGGCAACAAGGCUAUCUCAUUUGGCAACAGAAAUGAAAUGAAAAUAGAUUACCGGCAUCAGGAUGAAGUUGUCAUUUUGCAAUAUGAGGGUGGUGAUGCAUGUCCUCCGGUGACUGAAAUGGGUGAGGUAUGUGUCUUUCCUUUCCAACACAAGGGUAAAAUGUAUUCCAAAUGCAUUAUGGAGGACCAUGAGCGUCCAUGGUGUGCCACUACUGAAAACAUGGACAAAGAUAACAAAUGGGGCUUCUGUGGAAAUGUAUCUGGGCAUCGAGAGUCUACUAUUAUUUUCCAAUGUGAUGAUAAUGCUGGGAAUGGAAACCCUCAGCUUUUGAGUGAGACACUUGACUGUGCUGUAACAUUUCAAUGGAAAACACAAGUUGUGUGUCCACCCCGGAAAAUGGAGUGCAAGUUUAUUCAGAAGCACAAAACCUACGAUUUGAGAGUUCUUUCCUCCCUCACAGGAUCAUGGGUCUUUGCUGACAAAGACAGCUCAUUUUACUAUAUGAAUCUUUGUCAGAGGGUCCAUGAAGGGCCCACAGGUUGCCCAGAACAGGCAAGUGUUUGCCGAAAAAAUCCAAAUGGAGCUGUGCAGGUUCUGGGAUUAGUGCAUACUCAGAAACUGAAUGUAACAGAUGAUAAAAUUCUUAUCAGUUACUCCAAUGGUCAUGAAUGUCAGCAGAGAGGGAAGAAAGCAACAACUGUCAUAGAGCUGCAAUGUGCGAAAACAGUUGGCUUGCCAAGAUUUGAUAGGAUUGAUGAAGAAAAUUGUGCUUAUUACAUCACAUGGGAAACACGGGCUGCUUGUGCUGUGAAACCCCAAGAAGUAAACAUAAAGAAUGGCAUGGUGAUAAAUCCAGUAACUGGAGCAAAUUUCAGUUUGGGUGAUAUCUAUUACAAAUUAUACAAUGCCUCUGGAGAUAUCAGAACAAAUGGUGACAUCUACAUAUAUGAGAUUCAGCUUUCUGCUAUUGCUCACUCAGAGCAUCAGGAAUGCUUGGGAGCUAGCAUAUGCCAAGUGAAAAAAUCAGAACCCCGUUACCGGAGAAUUGGAUCUUCUGACAAGGCAAAAUAUUACAUUAAAGAUGGUGAUCUGGAUGUUGUAUUUUCCUCUGAUUCCAAAUGUGGCAGAGACCAAACAAAGGUUGUGUCCUCAAAUAUUUUCUUCCACUGCAGUGAACAAGCCAAAGAAGGCAUUCCUGAAUUCCUUCAUGAGUCAUCAGACUGCCAAUACCUGUUUAUCUGGCACACCUCGGCAGUUUGUCCAUUGGUAACCUCGGAGACAACAAAUGACAAAACAUAUGAGGAAGGUCAUUUUUAUAAAGGCCUCUCAGGAAGAAGCCAAGCAGUUGGAGCACUACUGAGUUUGCUCCUGGUGGUUCUUACAGUAUGCCUAGUGAUCUUGUUACUUUACAAAAAGGAAAGAAGAGAGACUAUGAAGCAAAAAAUUGCCAAUUGCUGUCGGAGAACAUCAAGUGUUUCUUAUAAGUAUACAAAGAUAAAUACUGAAGAAGUGAAUGAAAAUGAAACAGAAUGGCUCAUGGAAGAAGUUGCUGCACCAAAUCAGAAAGCAGGAAAUGAAGGGCAAGAAAAUGGCCACAUUACUAGUAAAACAGUUAAAUCAGAUGCCCUGACAUCCCUCCAAGUUGAUGACAUGGACAGCGAGGAUGAAGUUUUAACAAUUCCAGAGGUGAAAAUUCAUUCAGCUAGAGACAUUCAGUCUCGAGGCUUUGACACAAGGAGGCCUCAUUACAACAAGCCUCUUAAUCUUUCAAGCAGCGAUAAAGUGAACCUGCUUAAUACCAGCACGAAAAGCAAAGGUAGCAUCACUUUUGGCCAGCGGAAACUACAGAACUCAACAAACACAGCAUCAUUUCAUGAUGACAGUGAUGAGGAUUUGUUGAACGUUUAAACCUUCUGUUGUGCCUAUUCACAUUUCCAUGUGUAUAUAUUGAGGUGGGACAACAAAACACUUCCAACCAAAUAUGAAGAUUUUAGCUUCAGAUGCCUUCUGCAAGGGAAUGUUUCAAAGGGAAAGGGGGAAGAAGAGUCAGGCCUAGUUUACAAUGAUUUAUUUAGCGAUUGCUGGAUUUCUAGCAUCCAGUUUGCUUGAACACGGAUGUUUCUUCUCAGCCAGAAAUCAUACUUUUCCUUCUCUGUAGAUUUUAGAGAGAUGGUUUAAUGCUUUCCAAGGGUGGGAUCAAUUUUGAACAAAAUCCUUUCAACUUCAACAUGAAACUUGCAUUUUUAACACUCUUUAUAUUUAUUGCUCUCACUACUCAGGUUUACAGAAAUAAUAAUUGGCAAUGAGUUCUUCCUGCAGGCAGGGUAUUUGUUCUACAGAUUCACCCAUCACAUGAAGUGGAGAUGAGGGGUUCUUUGUAUGUUUGCUAGGUUGCUUUGGUGUACAUUUUGGAGCUGUUUCAAAUUGCCUGUAUAUUUGAUUCCUGUAUCCUAAUUUAAAAUGGCUUGUUAUGAUUUGAAAAGUGUUUUUACUGGAAGGUACGAAUCUCUAUAGCUUUAGCCUUGGGACAGUGGCUGUCCUUUGCAUGAUGAGUCUUUUUCAGUAUCAAUCAUAUGACGUCUUUCAUCAGUAUUUGCACAGCUGUUGGUAAAAUACCCCAGAAUUCUCCUUUAAUGCUAAUUGGGCUAAUGAGAAGUUGGGCCUGUUUCCAAAUGGCCUUCUGUAUCUUGAGGAGCAGCAUGGAAGGCCUAGGACUGGUAUAGAUCCUCCUAACUGAAUGAUGUCGUGAUGAGAAAAAAAGCUGUACCUUUUUAAAACUCUGUUCUUCUUCAGUGGCCAUAAGGGGAAGAAAAAAAUCCUCAUGAACUUGCAAUGUGGAAAUAGUUUAUUCCAGGCCAAACUAUAGAAUUCUUGGAACAUCAGCAUCACUGCUCCCCUCCCCCCCCCCCCUCCCCCCGGAGAUAUAUGUCUGCUUUAAAGCCACAGGCCUCAGAAGCCUUAGUUGCACAGAGAUGUACUCCUUUUCUGGUAAUAGGUGCAUGAACAAGAUGCAAAAAAGAAAAAAGUCACCUUUGGAUAUUGUUGCUGAACAUUCCAGUAACCCUCGAGCCAAAGUGAUUAUGUUGCUGGCAAGAUGGAAUGAAGAUCUCCCUGCAGCACUCAGCCUCUGUUCAGUGUUUUCGUAAGGGCUCACAGGCAAAAAGUGUGUUCCUAUAGACAACAUACGAAUCCUUGGGCUGGCCAGGCGCUCUUCCUUGUUCAUACCUUUUCCUAUUUACACUGGUUUCCUUAAGGUUGGUUUCCGCUUGGGAAUCAGAUUUAAUGUAACAAAGUGUUCAAACGAUUUCAAUAAAAGUUAAAUUAUGUUUCCCUAGGA